ACAAGUGAAUUGUUGUCGCGUUUUUCCGUCAUGAAAAUUAUACGUUUGUCCUAUUAAAACUUAUUAAACAUGAGUGAAAACGAAGAAUCUAGCGGGUUAGAAGACGUGGAAUUCGAUCCUGUUUCACCAGAAACAUUUUCCAGCUCAGCCGAAGUCAUUCAACACAGAAUUUUUUACAGUCAUGCUGACAGUUAUAUUGGAAGAAACAUGACUUCUUUUUUUCACGACCAAGAAUAUAAAGCAAAUGGGGGUGGUGCAGCAGGGGAAGGUGAAGGUGUUCAAAAUUUAGAUACAGUCAAGUAUGAAAUAGUCGGUACUUACAAAAGCGAACUUUCAUGCCUAGACAACGUUGUGGCCACGAUUUCCACAAAUGAUCAGAAUAAGUUUAAAGAUUCACUGCUAAAAUGUGGCGUUGUAAUAUUUGAUAUAUCCCACGAUGAUACACAGAUAGAAAAUGCAUUAAAUGCAUUGAAGUUAAUUGAAGAGGAUAUUGAAAGCAGUGUAACAGGUGGUCCAGAACAGAACACAGGCAAAUUGGGUGCAAGAAUUUUUAUUUUAAUUUCCACCAUUAUGACAUGGGGAAACACCGAAUCAGUGGACACUAAAUUUUUGCAUGAAGACCACCUUGAAAAAAGAAAACCUCAUAUCCAAUUUGAACGUCAUUUCGAAUGUGAAAACGAAAUACUGAAGGCAAGACACAAGUUCCCAGGUUUGUUAGAUACCUAUGUAGUUUGUGCUGGUAUGACUUAUGGUGUCGGCGAAGACGAUAUGCUACCGUUUUUCAAACUCGCAUGGCACAGUGAACCAGUACCAUGUCUCCUUCCUGGUGAUAACCAUGUACCUUUCAUUCAUGUAAAUGAUCUCGCAGGGAUCAUCUUUAAAGUUAUCUGUAUGAAUCCGUCGCAGUCUCCAUACAUAUUCGGGGUAGAGGUGGACAUUAAAAAUCUGCGAGUGUGCGAUAUAUUGACCAGUUUGUCAGUCACCAUGGGCAGUGGACGUAUUAAAUACGUGACAUGCUCUGAAGCAAUGUUAUACAGCGGAAUGACACUGCAUAUUAUGGAAAGAUGUAUGAUCAACCUUAGAGUAUAUCCCACAGUUGCGGAUAAUCUUUUGGAUAUUUCUUGGAGACACUCUAUUGAUAACAUAGAAAAUGUGGCAAGCGAGUUUAUGGAACAGCGUCGCUUGAUCACAAAGAAAAUUGUCCUUCAUGGCCCUCCUGGCACCGGAAAAACUGUAUUGGCUAAAAUGAUACAAGCCAAGUAUGGUCUACAUUAUAUUAAUGUAGGUUCUAUGAUAAACAGUAUCAUGGAGAAUUUGAGAAACAAAAUUAAUGAAGCAAUAACCAAUGGAUAUGAUACUGACUGGUAUGAAGAAAUGUUUAAAGAUGAGAACGUAACUGUAUGGAAAAAGCAAUUACGCACCAUUGCUCUUCAAAUGGAGGGUCCUACACGCAAGUUACCUGACGAAAUGGUCAAUAGAUUACUAAGAAAUUACUUGAUGGGUAAUAGCUGCCAACAUAUAGGAUAUAUCUUGGAUGGCUAUCCAAAAACUUAUCAACAGGCCCUUAAUUUGUUUGGACACUCAACGGACCCACACAGAGAAUAUAUAAGAACUAAAAUAAUGCCUUUUGACGUUAUCAGUCUCCACGCAAGUGACGAGUACAUAAAGAAAAAAAUAAGGGAGACUCCUGAAGAUGUAAUAGUGGACAAGCAAUAUACUGAGGAUGACAUCACAAGAAAACUGGCCACAUACAAGUUAGAUAAUUCAGAAGAGACUGCAUUGAAUUUAUUUGAUGAAAUCGGUUUAAAUCCCGUGAUUUUACACGUAGAAAAUCCAGAAUUGUCACAUACAAAUUUGAUGGAAAUAGCUGAACACAUUCUUGGAUUGCCAUCAACUUUUGACGUAACCCCCGAAAAAGUAAUCGAGCAAUAUCGAUAUGAUAGAGAUUCUUGAAAAUUUGUAGUAUGUUUGUUUCAUUUUUAGUAAUAAAAUUUAUGUGUUUCUUA